UGAUGCCACAAGGACUCGGCGUUCAGAAGACAGCUUUAAGUUGGAAUAUGAACUACUCUCUGCAGAUCAGCAGCGGGGGGCUUGUUGGUGUUUCUGCUUCCGGCCUCAGCAGCUCAGAGUCUAUCAGCGGCGCUACAGAAUCACUGUCAUCGUCCGAUAAAUGGCCUAUCCGCCGCACGCACGCCAAGAAUAGCUCUGAGGGCCUUCCGGUUUGGCCACGGUUCAAAUGAAGAGACUCGUCAACAAAUCAGCCUCGUCAAACUGAAGCUCGUAGCAGUUUAUCUCCUGAAGGAACGUGCUGGGAUGUAACAUGACAAGCAUUCUGUGCCUUCAAACAGCCUUUAUCAUUUUCUACAAAGACAAAUAUUCAGAUCGUGACAUUUUCCCUGCAAUUUGAUCCAAACCAGAACCAAAACUCGGCCACGCGGCUGUUCCGUUAGAGGAUUUAGUCAAAGUGAGCAGCAGGUGGAUGAGUCAAACCUGAAAACAAGAAACUACUGACUCCACUCAAACAACAUGCACUUACAAAAACAGAGAGAGAGAGAGAGAGAGAGAGAGGGCAGAAAACAGCUGAUGGCGCCGAUUUCGCAUCAACGUUUUCUUCAACAGUCGUGACUCGUCUUGGUCUUCACGUGAACCGUCCAAACGCAAUAACUGGACAUUUCUGUCCGACUCCGAGUCUCCAGCACAAAGUCUGAGUAACGAGGACGUCAAACAAAAGUGAAUAGAAAGAAUAGACGUUAUUGUCCAGUGACAGUGAGUGGGAGCGUCAGUGACCUUUCCAUCAAACGACCGGCACGAGAAAAACUCCAGGCUCUGAGGACGGAGGAUCAGAGACGUUUGCACAGAAACAGCCGUAGCAGAAAGGUAAUACCGAACUGCAAACGAUCAAUGACCCCCAGGCCCAAUCUGCGAACAUUCAAAAAGACACGCCAUCUCUUUUACGACACUCUGGCGGCAUUUCUCCUGCCGGCUGCGCUGGUGAACGGCGCCACUGCACCACUGGAAUCCAUCAGGGAAUCGUUUCCAAAACUGGCAAAGGAUUCAAACUCAACAACGACCAGUUUUCGAUUGUUUUUCCAAAAAACAAGAACAUCCUGAAGUCCUUCACAGCUACUACACUUAAAAAAAAAAAAAAAAAAAAAAAAACCAACUAAUUUUGGACAACCUGAUACUUCAUUUACAAAACCUUCUGCAAUCUGAAACACAACUUAGAGCGUGAAUUCUUUCUGGCUGUGAAACUGAUUUCUGAGCACGACCCCAGCAAGUCAUUACUGCUGCACCACUAAUCUUUGAUUGUUUUUUUAAACUGGCGAGCCAAAUCGGACCGAUUGAGGCCUUUAGGCUGCUUGUCUGACACCCAUAAACGAAAGGAUCUAAUGAGCCUAUUUUACCUCGAUGAGGCUGGAUGUGUGACAGCGCCGCGGUUACAUCACUUUCUGCAGAAAACUGCACAAAAACACAGAUUUUAUCUGCAACUUAACAAAAACACACCAGCACGGGAGUCUGUCCUGGACGUCACUGUAUAUAAAAUAAUAUUAGCCUCAGAAACAGCAGCUGCAGGUAACACGACCACACGUGACCCCAGACAGAAGAAGAACCAGCGCUUCUGUUUUUGCUUAACACAUGCAAAAAAUAGACUGUUGGUGCAAAAAAGAAAAAAAAAAAAAAAAAAAAAAAAAAAAACCUGCUUCAAAACAGCAUGACUGAGACGGUGUUCCAAUCAUGAUCUGCCUUGAUGCCACAUCAGGGCUCUGAGUUGCGGCAUCGAUCAUUGCUCAAGUAAGGACAUGAGAGCUGAGCCUGAUGAGCAAAUCUCAGGAUUGGGGAAGUGUCAACAGAACGGCUUCUGGCCGGCCAGCCCGAACCUCGCAGCGUGCCAGAUUGAGAUGAACGCUGUAUUCCCCUUUCUGGAGAGUGGGUGUGAAUACAAAUAGGUCAGUAGCCCAGCCCCCCUCCCCCUUAACUGAGCAGGCAGCAACAGCAGCAGAGACGGCGUGACGUGCUGGGAGAGCGUAACGCCGCCGAGCGCCGGAGCUGCCUCUCAGAACUCAGACCGCCGCCUUCCGCUCGUCUCUCUCCUCCCCCGCCGCUCUCCGCCGUCUCGUCCUGCAGCGGACGGCGCAGCGAGCAGAGGGAGAGCGGAGCGUGACGGGCCGCUGAAUGAGGAGGGCGAGAACAGCAGCAUGACAGGAGAGAAGGACGGAGACGCGCGUCGAGGGGAGGGGGGGCGGCGUGCGAGCGGGAGGGAGCGCGCAUCGGCGUGAAAAUGAGGAGGGACGCUUAACGGGGCAUGAUUCAGACACGCUGCUCUGAUGUACGCCGCAUAACAACAAGGACAGAGAGAGGACUCGGCUAGCCGUGCACUCCUCUCCCCGUGGCCAGACCGAGCUGCGGCGGCGGCGGCGGCGGCAGCACUGCCAGGUUCAAACCUCUGGGGACAAUGCACCAAGGCAGAGGGAGCCACUGCAACGCUGGAGCUCCGACACAUGUUCAGCUCAUGCGCGCACACACUCCACGCAUGUGGUAGCAGAACCCGGAUCGCUCCCAGAACCCGGAUCGCUCCCAGCCCCCGGACGGCGGGCCGAUGAGAAUAAAAACCCAUUUGUUUCUCAUGAAAGGAAGGAAAAAAAGAAAGAGCCGGCGGUGAUCUGCCACACGCUGCAGAGGAAGUGACAGAGGAUAUGAGCCGCAGAGUCUGAGGAGCGACACGGACAGAGCGGCGGCGAGCAUGCUGAAGUGGAAGGAAUCGUAUCGGGGAAACGAGACACACCAGAAAGAGAGAAGCACAGCCAUGACCAGAACGGGCGAUCGCAGGAGUGCCGCGUCCAGGAAAACCUCGCCGAGUCCGAGCCGCUGAAGCACCGAGCGCGGCGGUGAAUCGACGCCGGCCGGACCAUGCAGUGGAGACGGCGCCACUGCUGUGCGCACACAGCUCAACUCCUCUCCGUCCUCUCGCUGCUGGGCGCGCUGGUGUUCCUGGUGAACCAGGUGUGGCUGCCCCGGUUCACCGGGAUGCCGUGGUGGAGAGGUCACCCCGUGGUGUACGGCGCCGGUCGGAACGCCACCGGCAGACAUUCGGCCUGGAGGUUUGUGAUCGUCCCCCAGCCCACCUUCAAGGCCGACGACAACGCCAGCUCCCACGAGAGGCAGGACUCCCCGGGCCAGCCGGGGGAGCCGAGUCCUGACCGCGCUCUGACCACCGCGAGCCAGACUGACGGAGACGACGGCGGCUCCGUCGCCGACGGACCGUUUCCCUACGUCAUCAACGAGCCCCGCAAAUGUGCAGAGAACAGAGCGGCUCCCUUCCUGGUGCUGCUGAUCGCCACGGAGGCUCGGCAGGUAGAGGAGAGGAACGCCAUCCGGCAGACGUGGGGCAACGAGAGCGCGGCGCCGCCCCACGGGCUGAUCCGGAUCUUUCUGCUGGGCAGAAACGACGGGGAGCUCGGGCUUCUGCAGCAGGGAAUGCUGCAGGCGGAGAGCCGCAGGCACCGCGACAUCAUUCAGCAGGACUUCCUGGACACCUACAAGAACCUGACCAUCAAGACGCUGAUGGGCGCCAACUGGGUGGCGACGUACUGCCCCCGGGCCAGCUACGUCAUGAAGACCGACAGCGACAUGUUCGUCAACACGGAGUACCUCGUCUACAAGCUGCUCAGGCCCGAACUCAAGCCCAGGAGGAGCUACUUCACCGGCAACAACAUGAGGGGCUUCGGACCCAAUCGAAACAAGAACAGCAAGUGGUACAUGCCCCCAGAGCUGUACCCCAGCGAGACCUACCCCACCUUCUGCUCCGGGACCGGCUACGUCUUCUCCGCGGAUCUCGCCAGGAAGAUCUAUCGGGCGUCUCUGAGCAUUCCCUACCUGCACCUGGAGGACGUGUAUGUGGGAAUAUGCCUGGCCAAACUCCGGAUCGAGCCCACGCCCCCGCCCAAUGAGUUCCUGUUCAACCACUGGCGGGUGUCCUACUCCAGCUGCAAGUACAGCCACCUGAUCACGUCGCACGGCUUCCACCCCAACGAGCUACUGAAAUACUGGCAUCACCUGCAGAGCAACAAACACAACGCCUGCAUCCGUCCGGUCAGAGAGCGAGCCGGCCGGCCGCGCCCGCUCAGGGUGGGCGGGGACAAACCGGCUCCGUGACGGAAAACGCAGCAACUCCAGUCCCUAAAAACUGCUGUAAAAUGACCGAUCACAUCCAACAUCUAGGCCUGUUUGCUCCCUGUGAGAAACCCCGUUUCAUUCAUAAAAGGGACAAUAAGAAAACCUGCAUCCGUGUUGUGCUCUGGAGUUAAGGCUCAUUUCAUUUAAGAUAUGAAAGAUGCCCGUUUAUGUACACAAUUCUAUCUUGGGUGUGGGUUUUAUUGGUGUAAAGGGUAAUUCUUUUGUAAUAAAACGAUAUU